UGUCGCGGCGGACUUUGGCGAUCCCCGGCCAGCUGUGUUGCUUGGUUGCGCGCCGAAGAUAGGAACAGGCAGCUCGCUCAUGAGUCAUGGACUUCCCCUGGCCCCUCCUCGACCACUCCCACUCUCUCUCGGGGCCCCCCCGUAGGGGCUAACGCGGGCGCGGCGGCUCCAAGGGGGUGGGGCUGCUGGGAAUGGCUGUGCCCCCUUCAGCUCCAGUGCCGUGCUCGCCCUUUUACCUGCGGAGGCAGGAGCCUUGCCCGCAGUGCUCAUGGAGCAUGGAGGAGAAGGCGGUGGCCAGCGGCGGCUGCUGGGAGCCUCCAGGGUCCCCGAGGGCCGCCGUCCCGUGCUUCGGCGUCACGGUGGACCAGGACGACAUCCUCCCCGGUGCCCUGCGCCUCAUUCGGGAGCUGCGGCCGCACUGGAAGCCCGAACAAGUUCGGACCAAGCGCUUCAAAGACGGCAUCACCAACAAGCUAUUGGCCUGCUAUGUGGAGGAGGACAUGCGGGACUGUGUGCUGGUCCGGGUGUAUGGGAAGCGCACGGAGUUGCUGAUAGACCGGGAGAAUGAGGUCAGAAACUUCCAACUGCUGCGAGCACACAGCUGCGCCCCCAAACUCUACUGUACCUUUCAGAACGGGCUGUGCUACGAGUAUGUGCAGGGUGUGGCCCUGGGACCGGAACAUAUCCGAGAGCCCCAGCUCUUCAGGUUGAUCGCCUUAGAAAUGGCUAAGAUUCACACCAUUCACGCCAAUGGCAGCCUGCCUAAGCCCACGCUCUGGCGUAAGAUGCAUCGUUAUUUCACGCUGGUCAAGGAUGAGAUCAGUCCCAGCCUUUCUGCAGAUGUCCCCAAGGUGGAGGUGUUGGAACAGGAGCUGGCCUGGCUGAAGGAACACCUGUCCCAGUUGGAUUCCCCUGUGGUGUUCUGUCACAAUGAUCUGCUCUGCAAGAAUAUCAUCUAUGACCGUGACAAAGGCCACGUGUGCUUCAUCGACUAUGAAUAUGCAGGGUACAACUACCAGGCUUUUGACAUUGGCAACCAUUUCAAUGAGUUUGCAGGAGUGAAUGAGGUUGAUUACAGCCGGUAUCCAGCACGGGAGAUCCAGCUGCAGUGGCUGCGUUAUUAUCUUGAGGCACAGAAGGGGACAGCUGCAUCCCCCAGGGAAGUGGAGCGGCUUUAUGCACAAGUCAACAAAUUCGCUCUGGCAUCUCAUUUCUUCUGGGCACUGUGGGCACUCAUACAGAACCAGUAUUCCACCAUCAGCUUUGACUUCCUCAGGUAUGCGGUGAUCCGAUUCAACCAGUACUUUAAAGUGAAGCCUCAGGUGUCGGCCUUGGAGAUGCCAAAGUGACCAGCCUCCUGUUUCUCCAUGUCCUCUUGCUGCCAGAUCUGCUCCCCAGGGUGCCCUUCUGCCUUGGAGCUGGGCACCUUGGGGCAAGGCGGGCACCCACGGAGAAGGCUCCCAGUGGAUACCAAUGAAGACCUCAUUUUCCUGUUUGGAGGGGCUGAGCCCCAGCGCUGGGGGGGAACCCCUUCAUCCUGCCAGGCUUGGAGAGGAAGUGCCUGCAGAUAGUGGGGGGUCCUGGACUGCCCCCCCCCCGUGAGAGCACAUUGCCAGCCCAGGCCCUGCUAGAGCUUGGGCUGCCUCAGUUUGUCCUUGACCCUUCCUAGUAGGGGAGGGGAGGGCUCAUUUCUACCUCUGGUGCCCGCCCGCCUCCAACUGAGCCAUGUAUGCCUCGGGUGAGAGGUGUUGAGCUCCAAGCCAGCAGGAAGCCAACUCGGGGAAAGAGGUCCCAGCUGUGCUCGCCCACCCGGCAGCUCCUCCAGCAGCUGCCUCAUCCUCAUCCGAGCCGGAUGCCAUCCCGUCAUCCCUUCCCCGGUCCCCUCCUUGUGCUGCUGCCUUGCUCCUGCUUGGUCCCUGCAGAGAAGAGGGUGGCAGACCUGGAGCAGGCAUGACCUUGGGUACCACAUGGCAGGCACCAGAGCCAGCAUCCUCUUCCACUUCUCUUCCUUUUAUUUUGAACUUAACCAAGAUCUUCCCAUUGGGGACUGAAUGGCAGAAGGCAGGGGGGCAGGGCCUAGGCACCUGGAGGCCAGCACAUUGGUCUGGACAUGGCCAGAUACUGAAGGUGUUGCCAGCUCAGUAUCCACCUCCCAGUCCUUACAGUUCCUAAGGGAGUCUGGUAUAGGCCCCUACUGUGAUUCACUUGUAGAUUAUCAUGGUUUUCUGCAUUAAAACGUUUUGUUUCUGGAA